CUCUUCGCGCGUCUCCGGUAUCUUUGCUACACUCUCAACUUCUCGCUGUAUAAUCUACAUCCCUCGUUCAUACAUCUGGACUCUUUAAAUCGGUCUACAGUCACUCAUUUGACACAUCCUAUCAGAGGGAAAUUCAACACUCAUCAAGUCACCUAAAAGUCACUCGUUGAUCGUCCGAGCGCGUCAGAUACAUUCUAUCUUGCAGACUUGAACCACUGCUACAAAGACCUCGUGUUAUAGAGCUUAGACAAAGCUGCCAAAAUGGGAGGAUCAUUGAGUAAAGCCUUGGGCAAAAUCUUUGGCAACAAGGAGAUGAGGAUAUUGAUGCUUGGUCUCGAUGCUGCGGGAAAGACGACCAUAUUAUACAAGCUCAAAUUGAAUCAAUCCGUUACGACCAUCCCGACAGUCGGAUUCAACGUUGAAACCGUGACAUAUAAGAAUGUCAAGUUUAACGUCUGGGACGUUGGCGGUCAGGACAAGAUCAGACCGUUAUGGAGACAUUACUAUACUGGCACGCAGGGAUUGAUCUUUGUGAUUGAUUCGGGGGAUCGUGACCGUAUUGAUGAGGCGAAAUUGGAGCUGGAACGGAUCUUAUCGGAUAGAGAAAUGAAAGAUUGUCUCUUGAUGGUGUUUGCCAACAAGCAGGAUCUGCCAGGCGCCAUGUCUCCGGCCGAGGUGACUGAAAAACUGGGUCUGCAUAAGAUGAGAGAUCGGACUUGGUAUGUCCACCCGAGUUGCGCCACAUCUGGGGAUGGACUAUUCGAAGGUCUCUCAUGGUUGUCCUCCAACAUCAAGACGGCCAAGUGAUCGAUCAUCGCAACAGAUCAGGUGGUCUGAAACACCCCUAUGCCACUCUACCUCUCUGCUUUUAAUGACUUGUACGACAACCAUCUUGACGGCAUCAUGAUACCCCCAGCUUUGCUCGAUACUCUAUACAAGGCCUUUUCCACUACAGUAUUCUCUUCACAUUUUCCCUUCGCUUUUGGGUAACUCUCUAGCUGCCGACCGAGGUAACUCAGUCGUGCUAAUGCAAAUUGCGUCGAUGCAUCUGAAUCAGCU